GCCGGGCCGGGGCGGGGCGCGCGCGCCCUGAUGGCGGCGGGGCCGCCCCUCACGGCGGGGCCGGGCGGCCAUGGAGCACAUCAGCACCCCCAAGGUGGAAAAUGUGAAGCUGCUGGAUCGCUACGCCGGCAGGAAGGCAGCGAGCGGGACCCUGUACCUGACAGCCACACACCUCAUCUACGUGGAUGCCUCUGCUGAAGUCAGGAAGGAAACAUGGAUCCUGCACCACCACAUCUCCAGCGUGGAGAAGCUGCCCCUGACCACGGCUGGGUACCCCCUGCUCAUCCACUGCAAGAACUUCCACGUGGCUCACUUUGUGAUUGGCCAGGAGAGGGACUGCCACGAUGUGUUCACCUCCCUGCUCAAGCUCUCCCAGCCAGGACAGCAUUCCACUGAGCUCCUACCUGGCUUCUGCCUCUGGCAGCCCCUGCUUUUGGGAUGCUGGAACCCAUUUUGGAGUUGUGUUAUUACAGUGAAACCCGAAGAACUUUAUGCUUUCUCUUACAAUCCUAAAAUGUCCAAAGAGAGCCGGGAGAUGGGGUGGAAACUGAUUGAUUUGAAACUGGACUACCAGCGCAUGGGAAUCCCCAACGACUGGUGGGAAAUAACGGAUAUUAACAAGGACUAUGAGGUUUGCAGCACAUACCCUCCUGAGAUCGUGGUGCCUCGAGCUGCCACCAGGGCUGUGGUGAUGGGAAGUUCAAGGUUCAGGAGCCGAGGGCGGAUUCCGGUGCUUUCCUACUUGUACAAGGAAAACAAUGCUGCCCUGUGCCGCUGCAGCCAGCCCCUGGCCGGGUUCAGCGCGCGCUGCCUGGAGGACGAGCAGAUGCUCCAGGCCAUCCGAGAGGCCAACCCCGGCUGCCCCUUCAUGUAUGUUGUAGACACGAGGCCAAAGUUGAAUGCCAUGGCCAACAGAGCUGCUGGGAAGGGCUAUGAGAAUGAAGAUAAUUAUGAAAACAUUCGUUUUAAAUUCAUUGGCAUAGAGAACAUCCAUGUGAUGAGGAGCAGCCUGCAGAAACUGCUGGAAGUGUGUGAGAUGAAGUCUCCCUCCAUGAGCGAUUUCCUGACGGGGCUGGAGAACUCGGGCUGGUUACGGCACAUCAAGGCUGUCAUGGAUGCAGGUGUCUUCCUGGCCAAGGCUGUGAAGGAGGAGAGGGCCAGCGUGCUGGUGCACUGCUCCGACGGCUGGGACCGCACGGCCCAGGUCUGCUCCCUGGCCAGCCUCCUGCUGGACCCCUUCUACAGGACCUUCAAAGGCUUCAUGGUCCUGAUAGAAAAGGAGUGGAUUGCAAUGGGCCACAAGUUCUCACACAGGUGUGGCCACCUGGAUGGGGACCCCAAGGAGGUGUCCCCUGUGUUCACACAGUUUGUGGAGUGUGUGUGGCAGCUGAUGCAGCAGUUCCCCUGCUCCUUCGAGUUCAGCGAGCGCUUCCUGCUGGAGAUCCAUGACCACGUCUAUUCCUGCCAGUUUGGCAACUUCCUGGGCACCUGCCACAGGGAGAGGGAGGAGCUCAGAAUCUUUGAGAAGACUCAUUCCCUGUGGCCUUUCCUCUUACAGAGGAAGCAGGAGUUGAGAAAUCCUUUGUACAGAGGAUUCACAGCUUACAAAGAGCUUCAACCAAACACUCUACCUUUCAGUUUCCAGUUCUGGUGUGGGAUGUACAACCGCUUUGACAAGGGCAUGCACCCCAAGCAGUGUGUGCUGGACCAGCUGCUGAGCUGCCUGAGCCAGAGGCUGACCCUGGAGGAGAGCGCAGCCGAGCUGGAGAACAAACUCCCUGUCCUCGACAGCCCCUUGCCCAGCAAAGGCUACGCCUCACCCAAGGCAGGAGCUGCUGCUGCCAGAGCCCCAACUCCUCCUCAGGACUGUGCAGAGGGAGCAGCCCCAGUGCUGAGCAAUGGCCCCUCCCUGGGCCACCAGAAGCACAAGGAGAGCCCAGGCCAGCCCCGGGAUCUCGGAGCCUCCGGGGAGGAUGGGCAGGCCCAGCAGCAGGGAUGAGCUCUGGCAGCUGCUGGGAGAAGCUCUGGGGAGCUGCUGCAGCCCCCCUUUGCAGCUGAGUGUGAGUAGGGGUGUGCAGGGCUGGGGGAGCAGCUGCUGGGGCACCUCCUGCAGCUCAGGUGGUGCAGAGCUGCCAGGAGCCUGCCUGGCAUUCCUGGGAACUUGGCUUUCAGUGGCAACACGUGCAUUUCUGAGGGUUAGGGCUGCCUGCCAGCUCUGCUGUUUGAUGCUGGAAGAAACCUUGCCAGUUCCAUGAGGAGCUGGGCAGGAGGAAGGAUGCAAAUCCCUCUGUUCUCAGUGGUGGUCCAAGGUCAUCUUAAAACAAGAAAAAAUUUCAGUCCGUCUUCAAAUGCUAAAAACUCCCCCAACCUUUCUUAGCUGUGAAUGAAUCUCUGCAUGGACCCUUGCCUUGUAGCAGAACUGAUUCAUGUUUUGUUUCCUAUGCAUAUUUGUUACACAAAACCAAACCCCCUGUGCCUUCUCUGGGACUGUGUCUGUGUCCAGCCAGGCCGCUGCAGGUUUGUGCUGGAGUUUGCAGGGUGCUCUUGGUCCUGUCUGUAGUCAGUGUUUGUGAGAGGUUUUCCUCUGCUGCAGCUUCUCCAGGGUUUUUGCUCUUCCCCUGAGUUCAGCUUUUUCCAAGCUGACCUCUUGAAGAGUCAGCUUUUAUGGACCUCCUUUAUGGAUGGGAGUGCAGAGCCAGCCCAUAACACAUGGAUUUGUGAUAAGAGGGAGGAUUGGAAAUGAAGAAAGACAGCAGAAUAUUUAUGUGGAAUUUUUCUCUCUUAUUUUAUGAUCUUGGUUAAACUGAAGCAAAAGAGUAACUGUUCCAAGGUGGAAUCAUUGAUGAGACUGCAGUUGCAGAUGGGGCUGUGUUCUGGUACUGAAAUGGGGCCUGAAAUGAUAAAAUCACUUGCUGAGUGAUUCUAUGGAAUGUUCAGAUUCCAGGAACUUUAGGGAUGUUUUGUCUGUCUCAUGAACAGUAUCUGUCAUGGCAAUGAACUUGGGAAGAAACAGAAGAAACAAGGACUUCUCUCCCAGGGAUUGGGUGUCACAAAUGAGUGCUUGAAGGUCACCCAAAAAUCGUUGGGAGGGACAUCAGCAAAAGCAGGUUUGAUAGAAAAAAGUGUGACCAAAUUAAUUUGCAAGGUUCAUUGUUACUUAUUAAAUGGUUAAAGCACACAGAUUAAAAGUAAAAUAGAAAAUCAAGCAAUCUAAAAGUAAAAUCAAGCAGUGUGGAGGCUGGGGAUGGAAAAGGGUCAGGAUGAAAGGGAAUGAGGGACAUUCUCCUGUUGAGUCACAGGGUUCAGAGUGGAGCAGCCUCCCCGACUGAGCCCUGGAAUUAUCAACAGUUCAGGCCUAAAGGUUUCCUGGAAUCAGAGAAUCAGUAGCAGCACUUGAACUCAACAGCAGAGAAUCAGCAGGUAAGGAAUUGAACAAGGGGUUUGUGUAGAAUUCCCUGUAAGCACAACAGGAGCUCCCUUAGAGGCUGAACUCACAAAUCCAAAGUACUCCAUAAUCCAGGAGAGCAGCAUUCUCAAGGACCAGGUCCAGGUGUAUCCCUGGGAAAAAUUCCUCUCGAGUUUUCCCUGUUAUAGAGAGUUGCUUUUAUCAGAGUCACUUUCCAGCCUGGCUGCAAUUUGGGUCAGUAUCUUCCUUUGAAAGGUCAAUAACAGAAAUGUUCCACUUGGCUUGUUCUUCUGGCAAGAAAAAUCAGAUUGCAGGCUGAACCCAGGAGUUUGUACCCCAGCCCUGGGAGCAGCCAGUGUUCCUGAUAAGCUCAAGGUGCUGCUUAUCAAGGUCAAGGCCUGAGGACAUUUCUGAGAUCGUGGUGAGGCCUUGGGGGCUUGGGGGAUUCCCCUCCCCAGGCAAGCUGUGCCACUGUCCUUGUUCUGUGCUGAAUUGCACAGAAUCCCCCUGUGCAGCUUUGUUCAGGAUGCUGCUCUGCUCUCUUCUCAAGCUGUUGUUUCAAUUGCAUGCUGUCAUUAAAUUUUCAAAUCAGAUUUUCUCUUUUAUAAGAAGUUUGGAAGCCAACUGAAAAUAUUUGAGCUUUCCCAAUCUGCAGAGACAGCAGAAACAUUCCACUGCAACACCAGAAAGUGCAAUAACUCUGCUCAUGUGCUUUUAACCCAUGGUGAAGUCACUGGUCCAGUGUCCAAAACUCAACCCAAACCUCCCUGAGUGGCUGCUCUGGGUAAGAAAAUACCUAUUUUAUAAAGCACAUGAAAGAUCCAGAGAAAAAGAGAGCACAGAGUUUCUGCAUUGCCUGGAAUAGCAAAGAGGAAGUUUUUUAGUAUUGAAGGUUUGUCAGACUUAAAUGAAGUUUUUGUCAAGGAAGAGGUGGGAGCUAUAAGAGUGAUUGAUUAAAAAUGGAACACUGGAAAUACUGACCCAGGUGUGACUGAUGGAUCAGCCCUGUCUUUUCUUUCCAGGGGGUAAUGGGCAACAUCCAUCCCCAAAUCAGAGAAAAUAGGACAUGAAGCCAAGACAGGCACUUUUUAGGACCAGUUGUUCUAUGGAUCAUCAGUUCUUUGGCUGUCUUUAAUAAAUUCUCUAAUUUUCAUUAGAGAUCCAAAACUGGAGAGGGUUUUGAUUGACUACUGAAGGGCCUAAAGGUGCCAUUGGUUAAUUAUUGUACAAAUCCAGCUUGCAGAAGGCUCCUGGAAAUGUUUGUGUGGUGCUUUGCCUUUGGAAUUGCCACUGGAGGAGUUGAAUAACCUUUCCUUGUUCCUAAAAAGGUUGUCUCCACAAAGUGUACAACCACCACCAGUGUUGUAAGCUUGGAGUAAUCUUGCUGCUUUUAACUCCAAUGGCAAAACAGAGCCAAACCCAAAAAUUAAUGUUUUUUAAACCUCUUGGAUUUCAUGUGUGCAGGCUCAGGCAAAGGCUGCAGUGUAUUGAGAGCCUUUCAUGCUGAUGCUGGAACUUAGGAGCUGGAAAAGAUUCCAGGGUUUCCUCUUUUUCCACAAGCCCAUGGUUUGAAAACCAAUGAAGGAGAAGCUUUUUGGUUUUGGUGGCAGCUCUGGGCUGUUUGCAGAGCAGAAGUGAGGAGCUGCUCAGAGCCCUGCAGGGUCCUGAGCUCAGCUGGGAUCUGCUGCCCAGGAAAGCUGAGUUCCCUGCCCCAUGAACAUCCUCUGCUGCCCAGGAAAGCUGAGUUCCCUGCCCCUGGAGCAUCCUGGAGCAUCCUCUGCUCUGUUCCCUGCCCCUGAAGCAUCCUCUGCUCUGUUCCCUGCCCCUGGAGCAUCCUGGAGCAUCCUCUGCUCUGUUCCCUGCCCCUGGAGCAUCCUGGAGCAUCCUCUGCUCUGUUCCCUGCCCCUGGAGCAUCCUGGAGCAUCCUCUGCUCUGUUCCCUGCCCCUGGAGCAUCCUGGAGCAUCCUCUGCUCUGUUCCCUGCCCCUGGAGCAUCCUGGAGCAUCCUCUGCUCUGUUCCCUGCCCCUGGAGCAUCCUGGAGCAUCCUCUGCUCUGUUCCCUGCCCCUGGAGCAUCCUCUGCUCUGUUCCCUGCCCCUGGAGCAUCCUCUGCUCCCUGGAAGUGUGGGAGGAAUGGAGGAGCUGUUACUGCUAUUGGGAAUCUGCUGCUGCUGAUGGGGAAAGUUCCUGCAACUGAUUGAUUCCUAGGGGAGCAGCCAUGCUUUGUGAGGUCAGAAUCCUGCUUUUAUUUGGAGCAGUGCAGUUCUUUCCAUUUCAAUUCCUGUCACUGGGAGAGCUGGGAGGGAAGAGGGAUCUGAUUUGCUGCAGAUAGGCUGUGCUUGGGUAAAACACUCCCUUUUCUGGAGCUGCUCCUGCCUCUCCAGGACAUUCCAUGGUUUCUCCAGGACAUUCCAUGGUUUCUCCAGGACAUUCCAUGGCUUCCUGCCUUUUCCCAGUGUCUCCUGUGCUACAACCAGGUGUAACCUUGUAGUGGCCUGUCAUACUCUGUGUUAAAACUCCUACUCUGAAGCACAAGAGGGACUCGUGGAGCUUCAUUUGAAAUGUCUUAAAUGUGAACUUUGUUCUGUGGAUUCUUAAAUUGGGAUUUUCUUUUGCUGUUGUCACCUGUGGGAGAGAAAAUCCAAUUGGUGCUGUUUGCUCUGCAGGGAGAAAGUGGGAAUAAUUGGGUUGUCCAUAGUUUUAGUUCUCCAUGGCCUCUUCAGGGGUGAGGAAAAGCAGUUUGUAAAAGCUUUUAGGUCUCGGUCUGUUCUUGUGCUUAGUGAUUGCCUUUCCAAGUUAAUUCCUUGGAAUAAAAAUCCACCUGCUCUGAUCCAGAGCCAUCGUGGCUGGGGUGGAGAAGGAGGUGGGCUUGGAGGGGGCUGGGAAGCUUCAGGAAGCUUCCCCAGUGCUGCAGAGUGGGAUUUGGCAGGAGCUGAGGGUGCCCAGAGCAGCACAGGAUCUCCAGGUGGGAAUGUUGGGGUGGAGCAGCCCUGGGGUGUUGUUUCCAUCACCUCUGGGAGCAGAGAGCCCCCAGAGGUGCUCCCACCACUGAGGCAGCCCCAGGAAAAGCCUUGGAAAGGGAAGAGCUCCUGCUCCAGGCUCCUUCAGCUCCUUGCUGAGCUGGUCUUGGGCAGCCCCAGAUCCCAGAGGAAUUUGCUGCAGGAUGCAGUGCUGGGUACCCAGGAGGGACCAGGAGCAUUCCAGAGGGGUUUUCCUCUCCUCCCUCUCCUCUGCUCUGUGCUGAGGGCUGGGGGUGUUUUAGAGGGACCUCUCCCAGCUAUUCCUGGUUUCCAUCCUUCCCUCAUGCACAUCCAGGCAUUCCCUGGGGGAAAACCUGCUCUGCAUGUCCUAUUUGUGUUUAAUUAUCACCCAGCACUUGAUUAAUUAGCUGAGGAAGCUGGGGAUGGCAAAGCCUGUGCUUGGGACCAGGCAGCCAGCUGGGCCAUUCGUUAGGGCAGGUUUGCUAAUGACAUUAAUUAACGUGACCCCCUGGGAGCUGCAGGAGCAGGGCAGGACCAAGGAGUUGUUUUUAUAUCAUUUCUAUAUUCCCAUCUAUUGAAUGUAGCAGAAACUACUGGAGUAACUCAGCACUGGAUCCCAUCCUCUGGCUGGAUUUUCCUUGGCAUCCCCAACCUGAUCCUUGUAGGAAUGUCCCCAAAACCCUGUGUAGUGCUGGCUGGGAAUGUCCCUGUUGCUGUUUGUGUCUGUGUCACUGCUGAGGGACAUUUGGGGGGGAUGAGCCCCAGAUUGUGCCCCAGGGCUCUGUGGGGCUCUGCAGUUCUGCACUGCUUGAAGCUGAUCUUGUCUAGAGGAGAAUUGUGUCUUUUCUCUCUGUUUGUCCCAUGGAGUCUCUCUUGGAUUGCAGGUAUUUUUAUUCCCUACAAAAAUAAACACUUGGUCUUUUUAAA